AUGACACUGGCAGGACAGACCAGUGUUUCGACAAGCAAGCGGUUAAGGUUGCGAAGGGCCUCGCCAAGAGAAGACUGGGGCUUGGGAUUUGUUUCUCCAGGCCUGCCUAUCACCAGUCUUAUCAGGGCGGAAGCGGCCCUUUUGGGGAUCAAUCAACGGCUUAGCUUGGUGCUUUUUCCUGAGAUUGAGUUUAAACGACUCGGACGACUGGCUCCGUUCCCUUUUGAGGGCACCGCAAGGCCGGAUUUCGAUUGGCUUGCAUUGUGCAUGAAAGUCUCGUGGCCGAAGCCUGAAGGGGGGCUCUUUGCCGUUGGAAUUUUUAUUUGUAUUUUUGCGCCACAUCGAAAGGGUCAAAACACGCCGGCGAGCAAGAUCCAUGCGGGUUUCUGCGACGAACAGAGAGGCCCACGGCCGGACUCGACGCUGGAAAAACAAAUAUCCACACGCUGCAUAGUUAAUUAUCCGAUCAGCAAUGGGAGAACCUUGUAG